GCGGUUCUGCUAAUCUAACCUGCCGAGCUUUCUUUGGAUAUAGUGGAGAUGUCAGUCCUCUAAUUUACUGGAUGAAAGGGGAGAAGUUUAUUGAAGACUUGGACGAUAGUCGAGUCUGGGAAAGUGACAUCAGGGUUCUUAAGGAACAUCUUGGGGAACAGGAGGUUUCCAUCUCGUUGAUUCUCGACUCUGUGGAAGAGGCAGACCUGGGGAAUUACUCAUGCUAUGUCGAGAAUGGAAAUGGACGUCGACAUGCCAGUAUUCUUCUACAUAAAAGGGAGCUGAUGUACACAGUUGAGCUUGCUGGUGGGCUUGGUGCUAUUCUGCUGCUGCUUGUUUGUUUAGUGACUAUCUACAAGUGUUACAAGAUAGAGAUUAUGCUUUUCUACAGGAAUCAUUUUGGAGCUGAAGAACUAGAUGGAGACAACAAAGACUAUGAUGCAUAUCUAUCUUAUACCAAAGUGGAUCCUGACCAGUGGAAUCAAGAAACUGGAGAAGAAGAAAGAUUUGCUCUUGAGAUCCUACCAGAUAUGCUUGAAAAGCAUUAUGGAUACAAGUUGUUCAUACCAGACAGAGAUUUGAUCCCAACAGGAACCUACAUUGAAGACGUGGCAAGAUGUGUAGACCAAAGCAAGCGACUGAUCAUCGUCAUGACUCCAAAUUAUGUGGUAAGAAGAGGCUGGAGCAUCUUUGAACUGGAAACAAGGCUUCGAAACAUGUUAGUCACGGGCGAAAUCAAAGUGAUACUGAUUGAAUGCAGUGAACUGCGAGGAGUUAUGAACUACCAGGAGGUCGAGGCCCUGAAACAUACCAUCAAGCUCCUCACUGUCAUUAAAUGGCACGGACCAAAAUGCAACAAGUUGAAUUCCAAGUUCUGGAAACGUUUACAGUAUGAAAUGCCUUUUAAGAGGAUUGAACCCAUCACACACGAGCAGGUCUUAGAUGUCAGUGAGCAGGGGCCCUUUGGGGAACUGCAGACAGUCUCCGCAAUUUCCAUGGCUGCUGCCACCUCCACUGCUCUUGCUACUGCCCAUCCAGACCUGCGCUCCACCUUUCAUAACACAUAUCAUUCACAGAUGCGCCAGAAACACUAUUAUCGAAGCUAUGAAUAUGAUGUACCUCCUACCGGCACCCUGCCACUUACCUCAAUAGGUAACCAGCAUACCUACUGCAACAUCCCUAUGACACUUAUAAAUGGGCAGCGGCCGCAGACAAAAACUAACAGGGAGCAGAAUCCAGAAGAGGCUCACACAAACAGUGCGAUACUGCCCCUUUUGCCACGGGAGACCAGUAUAUCAAGUGUCAUUUGGUGA